AUGUCACCUUUAAGAAAAUCCGCUGACUGGAAAACUUCUGGCUCAGUAUCAAAAUGGCGGGAGAACGAGGACGUUCGAACUCGAGAGAAGAGUAAAUUUAUUUGUCAAAUGGAGAUUCUUCCAAUCCUAGAGGCUAAAACGUCUCCAAAACCUAAUGUAUGGUACGUUCUCUCUCCGGAGGGAGAUGGUCCAUGCAUUAGAGUAGGCCAUACUUGUACAUUUGUGGCUGGUGAAUCCAGACGUGUUUUAGUGAUCGGAGGAGCAAACCCCGAUGGAUCUUUUGCUGAUGUGUUUGUCUUGGAUCUAGGUGUGUUCUUAUAAAAAGUGUAUUCUUGUUGCUUUAUAUACAAUUUAUUGGUUUAGACGAUGGUUUGGGGAGAUAACUAUCGUCUAAGUGAAACGGUUACCAUGGAGACUUGACUGACAGAUGUCAAGCUCAGUUUAUAAUCGCUUCACCCGACAUUUAUAUAGCAGAUCAGUAGCCUGUAGCUUGUUGUAUAUAUUUUUUUGGUUCAUAAAAAGUAAGAGAUUCAGCCACGUGAAAGCUGAACCAAGGACGAAAAAGAAAACAAAGGGUGGCAUGAAUAGCUAGCUAAUCAAUAGCGAAUCAUCAGCUGUUUAAUAUUAAAUAUUGCUGUCGCCAGAUUCAGAGAAAGUAACGAGUCGCUCAUUUACUACAGCGAACAAAUUUUUCUGGCUUAUUGAGAAUCGAGUAUUUUGUCUCAUAAUGUCAUUGAUUAAUCAUUGGUGUUAUUCAUAAUUUUUUGAUUACCUUCUGCAUUACUGGUCGACUAGCCUGCAGAGUGUGGCAGAACUCAAGGAGAAACUUGCAUGUGCAGAGCCAUUUUGUACUGAGCCUAAUUUUGACAAAAAGACUGAUGCAUGCACUUGCCAUACUCAGCAGACUGGCUCAUUGAUUUUAUGCUCACAGAUUACUUAUGUUAUUUCACUGCUUUCCCUUUUGGAAUUUCCAGUUUUUUUAACUAUGAAAUGUGAGGUGUGAUAUUUUCUUUCCUCUAUUUUUUGGGUGCAUUAGAAAAGUAUGAGUGGAGCUGUCCAGAGUGGAAGGGCAUCGCCAGUCGUUAUGAGCACUCGGCAUUCAUUCCUGAGUGUAAUCCUCAGAAGGUUUAUGUAUUUGGUGGAGCUCAGCAGGCUACAAACUUGAACGAUGUUCAAUUUCUUGAUUUAGGUAACGUGAGUAUUUUGUAUAGUCAUGUUCAAUAGUCACGUAGUGUACAUCUAUGUCAAUAGACACUGUAGGGUAAGAAGCUGGCAAAAGAUUCAAAAUCAGCCUUCGAUCAACAUACUGUAUAUGUACGUGUGCACUCUAGGCACUUGAAGUAGCCACUGGAUUGUGAGGGAGGGGUUGUAGUUAUGGUAAUAUUAAUUGUGUUUUUCUCAUUUAAAGAACUGGCAACUAUUUUAGUAAUUAAUUAAGGUUACCAGCAUGUAUUAAUCCAUUUGUCCCUGAACCACUCAUUACCACCCUGGCGGAUCCAUGUCCCUUGUACUCCUUGUGACAACAACGUGUUUACGUGGAGGUGGGGGACCCCAGAUAGGUGAGGUAACAUUUGGCGGGUCACCCCACUUAUCACAUAAACGUGAUCAAAUUAAAAUAAGAGAUUUUAUGGACAGGCGGGUUACCCCGCCUAAGCGGGUUACCUGACCUACCUGGGGUCCCCUACCUCCAUGUUAACAGGCCCUAUCUUGCGCAAGGGGAAGAGAUCUUUCAAAGACAGGAGAACAAAAAUGAUUCGGUCAAGAAGGCCAGAGAAAAAGGUAUAAAAACCAUAAAAAGCUGAACCAAAAUUCCAAUGAAAAUUUUCUUCCACCACCCACCUUUACUUCCUUCCCAAAAGAGGAGAGAAGGAGGGAAAGUAAAAGGUAAAAGUUGAGACUGUGUUGUCACUUAACACCCACGAAUUAUCUCAAAACUUUGCUUUGUACACAUGCUAGAACUUCUAAAGCCAAUAUUUAGUAUAUGGAACCGAAGGCUACGGAGCUCUUCUCGUAUAAACGGCGUGUUUUGGUUCUUUAUAACCAUACAGUGACCAAAAAAUUGGUCUGACUAGCUUCAAAACCCUUUUUUUGACAACAUUCCAGGAGUGAAUAAGUAACGUUUAGCAAUAUUUACAAAUUAUCUUUAAGAGAAAGGCCAGUGGGAAACAGUUGAGACAACAGGGAACCCACCUUCUCCAAGAACAUGUCAUUCUAUGGCAUCAGUAGGCAGCAAGUUUUAUGUGUUUGGAGGUGGAUUAAGUGGUCCUGAUCCUGUGCCAGAUACCACUUUGCAUGUCUUUAACGCUGGUAAGAUGUACCAUCAUGAUUGAAACUAGUAAUAAUUAUGUUUCAUGUUAUUCUCCAUGUAAUGAUAUCCUAUUCUACUCACUCAGUUAGAAAAAUGUGUUUCAAAAUCAAGACAUAAUUGAAAUAAGUAUUAAACUACAUAUAGUGAUAACAUUUAAUACAGUGGUCAUAGUCAGUUGUAAUGGUGAUCCAGUUAAACUUCCAUUAAGCAGACACCCUUGGGGUACCGGCAAGUAGCCGCUCAGGAGAGGUUUGUCAUUAAUCAGCAUCAUCUUUAGCAAAAACAUAACUUUAUUUUAAAACAAACAUGUGAUGGAAGAGGUCCAUGAUCAGUUGUCACCUUCAAUCUUGGACUCUAUUCCCCUUCAUCAUAUUCUUAAAAUGAAGUCAAACUAAGUGUAUCAAGUGUUUGAUGGCCACUUGAUAGAGGUGACAACAAUGGGACAACUCUCACUGGGAUGGCCAAAAAGUGGCCGCAAUUGUUUAAUUAAAGAGAGGUUUAAUUUGAACUUUUCUAUAAUUAUUUCAGAACUUUGAUCUCUGGCCACUUACCUUACAUGUAAUAGAUGGUGGCCUCUUAAGAGAGGUUCAACUGUACCAAUCAAGUUCAGAUUUACCCCAAGUGUGAAGCAUGCAGGCCAUAAAUACAUUAAGAGUGGGAAAAAAACAAUAAAAUUUUAUGUUUUCCUGUUACAAAUAAUAUGUAACUUUGUGCACUGUGAGUAGAAUUGAAGGGCUGAUUCAACUGAAUGCUGAAGCUGAUGUGUGGCACUGAUCAACAAAUCUUAACCAAUGUUUACAAGCAAAAUAACGAAUUCAUGGUAUUGAGGUUAAUCACAAUAAUAUUGUUCUAUUUGCAUGUGGAGAGGACAACAGUUGGAGUCAGCCUGAAGUGAAGGGCAGCCCACCUUGUUCCCGUCACGGUCAUGUGUCUAUUGCAGUUGGAACAGAUAUUUAUGUUCAUGGUGGAAUGGCUGGAACAGAUAUGUUUGAUGAUCUUUACAGAUUUGACACUGGUAUGCCAACCAGACUUGUUGCAAAAGUCAUAAAAUUAUUACACCUUCUGACAAAAUAUUAUUUAAAAAAAGAAUGAUUGAAUUAUUUGUUUCUAAGUAUUUAAAUGUAAACUAGCGGGAUAAGCUAAGUGCACUUUCCACUAUAAACAAGUCUUUAAACCUUUAAAACUGACAAAAAAAUUAUAUUACAGUACAGUAAAAACCCACGUAUAAGAACCUAAAAUUUAAGAACUUGUUAAGCUAAAAUUUUCAUUUUAAACAGGCCCCCUUAAAUUCAUGAGAACCUAUUCAGCGUAAAAUUUCAGUAGGGUCUUAUUUUACAAAAAUGAAGGCACAGAUGAAAAUACUGAAAAACAUUUUAAGUCUAGGUUCCAGUCAGUAAGAUUCAAAGAAUCAAAAAUGUAACACAGCAUUUUAUGGACACUGCAGCAUGAAAGACAUGCAUGCUAGUACUUUGGAGAGAUAAAUUUACUAUUUGGUUAUCAUCUAAACAGUAUUCUAGAUAAUUCUUUUUUUAAUACAGCAAUAUAUUCCAUAUGCCCUGUAGUUGUUAUCUGUGCUGAUCGCUAGUGCCCCUAUCAAAUUAGGAACCUAUUUAAGAACCUAAGUAGCCUAAAAUCCCACUAAAUACCAUGUCUGUAAAAACCUAUUAAGGCUAAAUUAGAAAAAUCUAGGUUCUUAUACGCAGGGUUUUGCUGUACUGUGUUUUAUAUUUUUGAGCAACUGCCUCAUUUCUGCCUGACUGAUACAGAUACAUGUAAAUGGAAAGAGCAGCGGUCAGUGCAAAACACAGACUGCAGAUUAUUGUUUUCACCAGUACGUGACAACAAUAGUCUCAUUAUUUUCUAACCCUAAAAACAAUAGUCUGCAGUAAGUCUGCAGUCUGCAUUUUACACUGCCCCAAAGAGCAGUGCAUCCAUUGCAGAAUACAGUGUUUUCUCUGAGCAAGAAGGGUAUGCAGGGAGUAGUCAGAAAGAGCAGUGGGUGUAUUGAGAGCUUUAGGCAAUAGAAAGGAGAAGUGUGACAUAUCACAUUACCGUGGUAGCAAAACUUCAGGAUCUCAACAAUCUUUCUUGACAGACACGACCGUCUGCAUUGUUGAACAAUAGAUGAAAAGUAUUGGCUAUGGUUUUGUUCCUGCUACAAGCAUGCACAAGAAAGUUACACGUCAUUUUUUUAAUUAUUAUUUGCAAGACCAUGGUUUGUUUAGAUCCAGAAAUUUUGCUACCAUGGCAAUAUGAUAAUGACUUCUCUCUAUAGAAGCUGCCAUCAGUGCAUUGCAGCACUAUUUAUAUUUUUCUUUAUAGAGGGGUUCUAAAAGAUGCAGAUAACCAUGCAAAGAGUCAGUACAGCCAAAACCAGUGAUCCAUGGAUGUCUCAUCUUUAGAUGAGAACUUAAUUUGGUUACUGUUAAGCAGAACUGAAUAAACUUGUUAUUUGAAAUAUUAGUCUUUUUGCCUCUUGUCUAGUUAAUCACAUAUGGAGCAAACUCCAGCCAACAGGCCAAGCGCCAUGCUCACGAACAGCCCAUGCUGCAGCAUGUAUUGGAUGGAAGAUUAUCAUUCAUGGUGGAAUGAAUUCAGUUGGUGCUGCUCUUGAUGAUGUGUAUACAUUAGAUACAGGUUAACAAUACAGUACUAAAGUUUAGAGAGAGAUAGAUGGAUAGUUUAUUUAUAAUCACAUUGCAACCAAGAGGUUGGAUUAAGCAAUUAUUUACAAAUAAUUAUGAUUACUUUUUUUAAAGUCAAUGUGUAUCCAGGGGCAUCCAAUUUAGCAGAGCUAGUUUAAUGGAGCCCUGACACAACACAAAAACAAAGACAUUAAAACAUCAAAACUAGAAAAUUAAUUAAAAAGUUACAAAGGCGACAUGUACCAUGGGCGUUAGUGUUUUUAAAUUCGCUGAGCAUAGACCUCUACUUGUCAAAUCAGGGUUCUCAGUAGAUUUUUUUGUUAGAUGGCGCAGAAUUACUUAUAGGCGGCUAAAGUUCAGCCCGGAGGGCUGAGGCGAGGCCUGAAGUGGCGAGCUACUAGGGUGGUCCGGGGACAUGCCCCCCUGGAAAUUCUGAAAUUCUAGGUUCACAGAGAUACGUUUUCCUGCAUUUUGGUGCAACAACUUUUGUGUAGAAAUUCGGUGAGGUUCAUUUAAACGUGGACAUUUCAUGAUUGACACUUUGAUGUGAUUGAUAAAGGUCACGCAGGCCGAUCGUAACAACCGUAGAACCGUAGAACAAUUUACUACAGUAGUCUGUGGUAGACUCAAGUUGAAAGCGUGUUAGUGGGUUCCUCCAGCGGAAAAUUCGAGAAUACUUUUUGAAUGCCCAUUUAUAGUUUAUUAAAAAAAUGGCACACAAAGGCAAAUUUCAUAGCCAGAACAGGCGGCUACUUUCGUCUUGACAGUCUUGACAGGUGGCAGAAUUCGCUGGUUGCCGGCUUCUACUGAGAACCCUGCAAAUGAUUCUGGGUAGGGUGUUGCAGGUCCCAGCACUGUUUAUUCUGAAGCUACCUUGGUAUUUAGUAGUUUUUGAGAAGGGAGAGUGUGGCAAAUCAUGGCUUCUGGUUUUAUAGCUAUGGAAAUGGGGCACGUGCCUUAACUCUGAAAGUAAGUACGUAGGUGCUACUUAAAAAUACUACCACUAAUAAGCCAAUUUAUAAAGAAAAAUGGAAAAUAAUGAAUAAUAGAAACACUACAUGACUACACUACACUAAAAUUAUGGUUUGUUAAAAAUAAAAGAAAAUAGUUCCAAAUUGACAUGAUAAAAAGCAAUCGAGAUUUUUAAAACUAUAGAUUGGGAACACAGUUUAAGCUUGAGGGCAUUGAAUGUAAUAAAAGUAUUACGGAAUCUGUUCAUCUUGAAAACGGGCCUAAAUUGCUGUGUCUUUCUUAGGUUCGACCUAGAGGUAUUAAUGGCAGGGAGAAGGCCGUGGGGCUUAUUCUCUUUGUUCUGUACAACUUCCUUAAAUAGUUUCUCUGCAAUUUCCCGGUGGCGGUCUGAAAGUUUUUAGUAGGCUUGAUACAACCAAAGACUCUUUGUACGAGCAGAAAGGGAAAAUAAUGUGCAUACCCCACUUUUUUACCCCCUCAAGUUCAUUGCAGAGAUACUUUGCAUUUAGUGUGAAUUGAAUUGACCUUUAUGCUAAUCCAUUUUAGUAGCAUUACAUUAAUAUUAUUUUUAACCCAGACUGUGUAAUGAACUUAUCAUUGCUUUUGAAGAAACCUUGACGUGGACCAAAGCACCAAUUAAUGGACCUAAUCCAGCUUCACGACUUGACCACACACUUUGUGCUGUAGAGAUUCCAAUAACAACAGGUAACUGUUGACAAAUUUUACAAAAUCCUGUCCAUAAAUAAUGGCUCAAUUUGGAACAUUUAUUUUCACUUCUAGGUGAUGGUGUAUCUUUACAGGCUAAAACAGUUGAUAGUCUUCCAGUUCUGUUGAUGUUUGGUGGAAUGGACACUCAGGGAGAAAUUUUUAAUGACUGCUUAGUGUUGAUGCCAGAAAAUAGAACAUCCAUAAAAUAA